AACACAAAGUGUCAUUUCAUACGCAAUUUUAAAAUUUCAAUUUUAAAUUCAAAUUAUAUACUAUUCUAACUCUUCUUUAAUAAAAAAUAUUACAUCAAAAUUUCACAACAAUAAACAUAUAUAUAUAUAUGUACAAUACGCUAUAUACACAUCUUAAAUCAAAUACCUACCUAGUUAAACCUGCAACACAACAACAAUCAAUAUAAAAACAGUGUCGCCGUUUUUCGUGUAAUCCAUACUUAUAACCAUGGCUUCAAUGCUGUCAUUUGUGCUGGAAAACGUACCCAGUAAUUGGGAACAAUUAAGCAACUAUGAUACAAGUUAUAUUUUAUUUGAUAUACAAGACCUUAGUAUAGAAUCAAAACACGUAAAGGCAAUGUUUGACUCAACGUUAUUCAACAUUAAUAGUAUUCGGAGAGUGCAAAAUCCUUUUCAGUAUGGUCGAUUCAAGUUGCGACAAGAAAUGCUGAAUAAUAAUUCAGUGGAGACAGUGUUUCAUGUUAUACACGUAAAAGACUUAGAAACAGCUUUAAAAUACACGUGUGACUAUAGGAGAUAUAAAAACAGAUAUGGAUUUGAAACUGUAGAUAAACACCCACGAUUUUAUUCCGAUGCCCAGAACGCUGUUUUCAACCAGUCUGCAUUAAUGAUAAACAAUAGUUGCGUAUUGGUUGUCAAUAAAAUAUCUGGUGAAACUAAGACUCAAAGUGAUUAUUAUAUUCAAUAUGUAGUUGAUUUUAAAUAAACUUCAAUAAAUCUAUUAAUAUUAGCUCUGCGUAACUAUUAACUAUACUUAUAUC